AUGUCUGGCUUACUCCCUCUCCCUGAUCUCUCGAAUUUCGAGCGCAUCUCCAGUUUGCUCAGCAUCAGAGAUCGGCUUCCAAGUGAAGGCAUAAAAAUACGCCUUUACUGUCUUUACCACUACUCAGCCGACAAGAGUCGAUGUGAGACACCGCUUCAGCGUUUCUACGAUGACCAUCCAAUUAUCUUCAACACGGCGAGGAACAUCCUCGCACAAGAAGUGGACAGUAUCACGAAAGAGGACUUUAUAUGUAUCCUGCGAACGUUCUUCUGUACCGAUCAUGACCCUUGGAAAACGUCGUCGACCGAGUUCAGAAAGAGAAGGGAGUACCUGGAAAACCUUUGGUCAAGUGCAACCCGCGAUACGAAGAACGAGGUCCUGAACGCAUUCCGUAACAGUGGACGCGGCAUCUCUUCCCCACCAACUCCUCAGCGAGGCACACCACAGAAGAUUCCUGGCGAUAGGAGAACCAAGUCCGGCAAACCACGUAUGAAGAAACAUGACCAUCCCCGAGAAGAUGAGGUCGAGUCGUCCCCCUCAGCCGUCGACGUAGACCAACCAACUCGCCUGCGAACCCCCCAAGCGAAGUUAAGCCACGACACUGAGCACACCGCUAGUGCUAGUCCUAUGCCUCGUCCGACAAGGGAUUCCGAAUCGGACAUGCACUCCCGUUCGCAUAGUCCUCAUUGUCCUGACAUACCUUCACCAUCGCCGCUGUUAUUACCUCCGGGCUCCGCUUCGCCUUUCAAUCAACCCCCCGCUGAAGGCUCUUCACCAGGCUCUGCGCAAGUUCCUCAACCAGAAUUCCCGCUCGGAGAGGGUGACCAAUCUGAACCAACCAUCUUUGAUGAACCUCAGGCUCGGGCAAGAGCUGCGGCACAUUCAAAUCUCGAAGAAGCUGCAUCUGAUGGGAACAAUGGCCCGGCGUUGAACCAGCAUCUCCAAGCCGAGGAUCCCUUCACAGAACCAGCGAAACAACACUCGACGCACAAUUCUGUACCUGAGGGCCACCUGCAUGAGAGAACCCUACCGAUUCGGAGCAGACCACCAGUCACUCUAAACCACGCAGGAAAACGCAUUCGGGUCAACUUGCCGCCUCGACCGUCUGUAAACUUUUCAAAGCCUCCUGGGGAUGUUCCUAAACUCAACGUAUGGAAUCUUCCGAAUCCAUCUGUCGCAUUCGACUUCAACUGGGUUCCCGAAACUAAAACGCCAAAACCAGGAUGUUAUAAAGUGGCCCCGCCGGCGGAAAGUCAAGAUGAGGAUCAAUUCGGCGACUUCCUCGGGCCCCGACCGUUCUUUCGUAAAGUGACACCGUCACCAGCACAGCAAUCCCAAGGAGAGCAAUCACCAGCACCGCAACCCUUAGCACCGCAAUCCCCAGCACCGCAACACGAGCAAAACACGCACGCCUUCGACAUCCACAGACCAGAGACAAUUGCGCGGUCGAUCCGUAAGUUACUUUCAGACAGCUUUGAAGAAGGCGUUAUCUACGUGCUCAAGGCACCCAGAUUUUUUCAAAGCUACGAACCAGCCAAAGGGAAACAGUGGGUGAAGAUUGGCAUUACAAGAGAUGUGAAGGAGCGCAUCCGUGAUUUGAAGCGAGAAUGUGGGUUUACCGACUUGACAGAGUGCUUUUCAUCCGAGGGUCUUGUGCGCAUGGACCUGCUUCGUAGGAUGGAAAGAGUCUGCCACGAGGAAUUGAACAAUUUCCGCAGGACAAUUCAAUGCAAGGAAGGCGUCAACGGAGCGAAGUGUAAUACUCUUCAUGCUGAGUGGUUUGAAGUUCACGAAGAUGUGGCGAUUCGAACGGUGAAGCGGUGGAGAAAGUUCCUUGACUAUAAGCCGUACGAAGAUGACGGGAGGAUGAGUGAGUUCUGGCGGAAGAGAUUGUAUGGGAGUUCCUAUGAGUUCGGGACGGGAGAGGGAGAGCUCGAUCACCUGACGGCACAUCGGCGGUAUGAGUCGUUUCUUGAGCAAGGUUAUUCAGUCGUAGAAGAAGGGAAGGAGAGGGCAGGCCAUGUUUAA